AUGCAUUCGGAAGAUGUUUACACAAUAUUAAUCAAUCUUUAUUCACUGACAAUGGCAGAUCUUACUGAACUGGUCGCAGCAACUGUUCGGAUAUUUUCUGAAGCUUUGAUGAUCUUUGGAGGUGUUGUGCCAUAUAUUCCUCAAUAUUUAAUGAUCAGACGAUCACAAAAUGCCGAAGGUUUUUCGAAUUAUGUUUGUCUAACGCUAUUAAUCGCGAACAUUCUUCGUAUCGAAUUCUGGUUCGGUAAACAUUUCGAAACUCCUCUAUUGGUGCAGUCCAUUGUCAUGAUUCUUUGCAUGCUCGUCAUGCUUGAACUGUGUAUUCGAGUUCAUUCGAAGUCGCUUCGUCAUCAUUUGCCAGUCAACCAACAGCUAUCGAAAGAUUCGUCAUUGGACUAUGCGGAGAAGAGAUUUACGGAUUUGAAUAUGAAUCAUUUCUGGAAAUGGACAACAUUUACAAGUUAUUUGCAGUUUUUGUCGUUAUUUACAUUACUUUUGAGCUCGACAACAUGGUUAUUUCUUAACAAUCCAUUCUAUAUAGAAACAAUUGGUUUCUUAGCAGUCUUCUUCGAAGCUUUACUAGGUACACCACAGUUCUUGAGAAACUUUCGAUUGAAAUCAACGGAAGGAAUGAGUGUUAAAAUGGUUCUUAUGUGGACAUCGGGUGAUAUUUUUAAAACUGUCUACUUCAUUCUUCGCAGUGCUCCAAAACAAUUUUGGCUUUGUGGGUUGUUACAAAUUAGUAUUGAUAUUGCUAUUCUUUGUCAAGUUAUUCUCUACUCAGAUAAAUAUCGAUUACGUAAACCGCAAUUUUAA